UUUCGCUUUCAUUUUGAUCAUGGGUCACAUUAGUAGGAAUAAUCCAACAGCAGAAGGGAUGGAGAGAAUCUGAGUGGUAUCGAUGAAAACAUAAGAUGACAGACACCAAGUUUUUUGUGUGCAGGUGCUUUUAUACGCACAAUUAUUUCUUGAAAGACUAUGACAUUCAUGUCAUUUUUGAGAAUGAACGCCAGUUUUUAAAUGACUAUGAAAUGAAUUUGAAACAAAGAGGAUGUAAUACCAAACUCAAACUGGAUCAUGUCAUGAAUCAGCUCAUGGUGGAGCAGGAGAGAAGGAAGAAUCUUGGUAGGGACUAUUUGAUGAGAAGAGAAACAAUUAAGAAAAAUUACCAACGUCUACACCCGGAAAUCUACACAUUGAAGGAAAGUUAUUUUGCUCCAGAGUUUAAGAAGUUGAUUGACCUGUGUUCAGAGUUUGAUACCACAAGUGAUAAGUUAUUUGAGCUCAUCAGUCCUACAGGAGGUGAGCGAGUGUUUUCAUUCCCUGUGUUCACUAAAGAAUUUUGUCAGCUUUUUAUGGAAGAACUUGAACAUUUUGAGAAAAGUGACUGCCCUAAGGGACGACCUAAUACAAUGAACAAAUAUGGAAUAUUAUUGAAUGAACUCGGAUUUGAUGAAGGCUUUUUAAAUCCAUUCCGAGAGAAGUAUUUGCAAAAGUUAGCCGCAAUCCUUUAUCCUGAAUGGGGAGGAUCACAGCUUGACUCGCACAAAGCCUUUAUUGUGCAGUACAAAAUGGGAGAGGACCUUGACCUUAACUAUCACUAUGACAAUGCUGAAGUGACAUUAAAUGUGUCUCUGGGUAAGACUUAUACAGGGGGCUCGCUAUAUUUUGGAAAUAUGAGGACUGUACCACUAGAAGAUACAGAGUGUUCAGAGUAUAAUCAUGAGGCUGGUAUUGGGAUCGUUCACCGAGGUCAGCACUACCAUGGAGCAUUACCUAUACACAACGGUGAGAGGUACAACCUCAUUGUUUGGAUGAGGUCGUCCAAGGUCAGGAACAACUUAUGUCCAAUGUGUGACCAUAAACCACAGCUAGUGGAGACGGUCGGAUAUGGGGAUGGGUUUACCCAGCCUACUGUCAACUUGUGCACACUUAAUUGACCUGUCAAUUAAAUUCUAACAUGUUGUCAGCAUUGACUGUGUAUAUCUCACAGUUCUGGUGAUUAUGAAUUGAUCACUCUUGUUGGCCUGGAUGGAAGUAUGCAAAGGGUCUUUCUGUGGGAGGAAACCAGAGUAUCUGGGGAAAAACCCAAGUGGUUGGGCAGAUGCUUCAUGCCUUUACAUGUUCAUUCUGUGAAUCAAACUCUGGAUACCUAGGUGUAGGGAAGUGCGUUACCUGACCAGCCAUAUAAAUUGAUUACAUUUUAUCAUGUGAUUGCCUUAUUGUUCAUGGAAUAUAUAUAUAUGUAAUAUUUUGGCUAAUACACAUGUAAAUAUAAAAUAUUGUGACAUCAAGUUUAGAUAAUAACACACUCACAGAUAGCAUUAUGAAUUAACAGUAUAAUGGAAACCAUAGAUAUACAUGCAGUGCAGAAAUAACAGAGUUUUAUGUGGAAAUGUCUGGGUUUUUUUAAAGGUGUUAUUACGGCUUUUGAAAGGCGUUAUUAUGCAAAUAAAAGUGUAAUAAUGCGAUUUUAUAUUUUUUCCCUUCCGAAUUAGGACUUUCUAGGAUUUCAUAUAUAUAGGCAAAAAUUUAUAUCGUGAAAAUUCAAAACCCAAGACAAAACCACGACUUAAGUCCUUAUUGGCUACAUCUUCGUUGAGUUUGGUGAUAAGGUUCCAACAGCCUCUAUUGGUAUAUCCAUCUGAACUUAAUUUGUCUCUCUUUGUGAAAGAGCUUGUCAAAAACAGGUUACAAAUAUAAGUCUUGGUUAUAUCAAUGCUGUUCCAUUUUCAAAGAAGUAUAUUUAAAAUGUUAAUAAGAUAUAUUCAUUAGACUUUGAUUAAAAAGAAACAUCACUUGUUUACCUUGGUGUGUACUCACAACACACGGCCUCCCAUUGAACUGUAUGAUUAUAUUUCCCAAGGCUGUCACGACUUUUUUAUUUCUAAAUAAAAUACAUUAAACAUACAGAACAAAGGGAAGUAAAGGCCCUCAUGGGAAAAUGUUGAUUUUGGCAUUAUUUAACAAAUAUUUCAGCUUCAAUAUCAAACUCGAGUCCACUUUUAUCUAUAACAAACACUUCUCAGUUAACAGUACAUGAAUACAUGUACCAGAUACAAACAGUAUACAGAGCAGGAUUUCAAAGUAAACAUGUUGAUAAAGAAUUUGUCAAAAUGUAAGAUAUUUUGUUUAUUAAUAUUGAGAUAUGGAAUAAAAUUGCACUAUACA